AUGGAAAAGAUAACUUCACAACCAGUGGGCUUGACCCCUCGACCUGAAAAGAAAUGGUACCAGCACCUCACACUCGACCUGUUCAUCAAAGUCCUCAAUCAGACCUUUCUCCAUCCUUUCAUAGCCUGGAUCGUGGUUCUCUGUCUCCGUGCGCAGGCCACCCCAACGGAUCACCCGUCCUUCAUCAUCGCAGUCGGUUACGCCACCCUCUUGACGCUUUUUACAGCGGCAAGGGUGCUCAAUCACCGCCUUGCAUACGGCACCCCGCGCGAGGUCGAUCUAAGCAAUGAGGUGAUUGUGGUGACCGGAGGUGGCAGUGGACUGGGCCAGCUUAUCGCCCAGAUCUACGGGAUGCGAGGGGCCAGCGUUGCAGUGUUAGAUAUCAAGGAAGUUGGGGAGGUGGAGGGCUGGGAUGAGCUGUCAGGGGUGGAAUAUUAUCAAUGUGAUGUUUCAGAUAGGAGGGCUCUCGAACUGACGGCUAGAAGGAUCGAGGACGAUCUUGGAAAACCAACAGUGCUUAUCAACUGCCUGGCAGCCGGGAUCAACGGACAGACCAUUCUAUCCCUCUCCCCAGAUGCGAUGAAGAAGACAAUCCGAACCAAUCUGCUCGCACCCUUUCACACUUUCCAAGUUUUCUUGCCCGGCAUGAUCACGGCAGAAAACGGCGGCGCUAUCGUCACUGUGAGUUCUGUCCUUGGCCAGCUCACUGCUGCUGGUCUGGCAGACUAUUCUGCCAGCAAGGCGGGCCUCAGUGCUUUGCAUAGGACGCUGGAAGCCGAACUCAGAGCGUCGGGCCUUGACGAGAAGAUCAAAUUGCUGUUAGUGGAAACGGGCCAGAUGUGCACUCCGCUGUUUGAUGGAGUCGAGACACCAAACGGGUUCUUCGCACCCGUCCUGGAACCAAUCCAAGUCGCCUAUGAAAUCGUCUCUGCAGUCGACAAAGGAACAAGUGGGGUGAUUAGAUUACCCGCCUUUGCUGCACUGGUGAACUGGUACGCGGUGUUGCCUGCCUCGAUCCAGCGGCUUGCCCGCUAUUUAAGCGGGAUUGAUGGUGCAAUAGCAAAGGCAUUCGCGGGAAAGACCCCUCGAACCCAAUCUGAAUCUUCGAGCAGAUCAGAAAGUGACGUGGAGGUCAUCGACGCGGAAUGA